AUAAACAAACAAAAGCAACACACUACAUUCAGCACAGAGACCUCGGCCAGCACAUUUACCCCCGGUUAAAGGCAGAUAUGAGCGGCAGCCAGGAGUAGCGGGGUCGGGGUUGCUGCAGCUGAGCCGGUAUUAGACAUGUUUACUCUAGAUUUACACACAUUAGCGCAGUUUUCCUGAAGGUGAGGUGUCUGAGCCGGGACGCGAGAGAACUUCAGUCUCUAUUCAAUUUAGCUGGAUUAGAGCAGAGCACCAUUGACCAGACUAGUGACAUAUUUGUGACCACUUCACCAUGCUCCCGUCCCCUCGUGUGUCUAGUUUAUCUCUCCUCCACCACUAACUCUUAUUCCUGGUACCGGGAUGUUCUGAGGCAGCUCGACGUGUUCCAGGCAGAGAGAGCUGGUAAAGAGUCCUCGGGUUCGGCUGGAGCGUGUCUGGGUCUCCCCCCGCCGUCGCCAUGGCCUGGGCUCUCAAGCUGCCCCUCACGGACGAGGUGAUCGAGUCCGGACUGGUCCAGGACUUCGACGCCAGCCUGUCCGGCAUCGGCCAGGAGCUGGGGGCCGGGGCGUACAGCAUGAGCGAUGUGCUCGCCCUCCCCAUCUUCAAACAGGAGGAGUCCAACCUGCCGUCAGAGACUGAAAACAAGAUCCUUCCCUUUCAGUAUGUUCUGUGUGCAGCUACCUCGCCCGCCGUUAAACUGCACGAUGAAACGCUUACCUACCUCAACCAAGGACAAUCCUAUGAAAUUAGAAUGCUUGACGAUCGGAAGAUUGGGGAACUUCCUGAAAUCACUGGUAAAUUGGUGAAGAGUAUUAUCCGUGUGGUGUUUCAUGACCGGCGGCUUCAGUACACGGAGCACCAGCAGCUGGAGGGCUGGCGCUGGAACCGGCCCGGGGAUCGCAUCCUGGAUCUAGAUAUCCCCAUGUCAGUGGGCAUCAUCGACCCCAGGGCAAACCCCACUCAGCUCAACACUGUGGAGUUCCUAUGGGAUCCGCUGAAGAGAACCUCUGUUUUUAUCCAGGUUCACUGCAUCAGCACAGAGUUCACCAUGCGCAAGCACGGAGGAGAGAAGGGCGUCCCUUUCCGCGUCCAGAUCGACACGUUUAAAGAGAACGAGAGCGGCGAGUACACGGAGCAUCUCCACUCCGCCUCAUGCCAAGUCAAAGUCUUCAAGCCCAAAGGUGCGGACAGAAAACAGAAGACGGACCGGGAGAAGAUGGAGAAGAGGGCGCCGCAGGAGAAGGAGAAGUACCAGCCAUCCUAUGAAACCACAAUCCUCACCGAGUGCUCUCCUUGGCCUGAGGUCACAUACGUCAGCAACUCUCCAUCUCCUGCCUUCAAUAACACACACAAUAACUUCCCGGUUGCUGAAGGGAAUGGAUCCCCAACCCAUCAGCCGGAGCCCGUUGUUCCGGUGGCAGAUAACUUGUUAGCGACAGCGACGCCGCAGGACGCGCAGCAGUGGCUGCACAGGAACCGCUUCUCCCCCUUCUGUCGCCUCUUCACCAACUUCUCAGGGGCAGACCUGUUGAAGCUAACCAGAGAGGAUGUUAUUCAGAUAUGUGGGCCAGCUGAUGGUAUAAGACUUUUUAAUGCACUAAAGGGACGGGUGGUUCGUCCGAGGCUGACCAUAUACGUUUGCCAGGAAUCUCAGCAGUCUCGGGAACAACAACCAAAGCACGAAAAUGGAGAGGGUGCUGCCAACACUUUCUUCGUAUAUCAUGCCAUCUACCUGGAGGAGCUCACAGCGGUGGAGCUGACGGAGAAGCUCGCCCAGCUCUUCAGCAUCUCCCCGCGACAGAUCCAUCAGAUCUUUAAACAGGGUCCCACUGGCAUCCAUGUGCUGGUUAGUGACGAGAUGAUUCAGAACUUUCAAGAUGAAGUAUGUUUUGUUUUGGACACUAUGAAAGACGACACGAGUGACGGCUACCACAUCAUCUUGAAGUGAAUACUGGGCUGAAAAAUAGCCUUGUUUUGAUCUCUUAAUUGCACCUGUGGCCGUCAGCCCCUCUUCGUAGUCCUUGCUUUUUUGGAAUAUAUGAAGAAGCCCCGAGAAAAAGCAUGUGAGGCAGCUAGGAAGAACAUGCGACUGAGGCCCCCGGCCCUCUCCUUACUAUACCUUAUUGUCUUACUUCAAGGGAGCGACUCUGAUACAAGAGUGAUGCAACGGUCUCCUCCUUACCCUGCCAUUAUACACUAUUAAUGGUUGCAGUUUCUUACGCUGCUUGUGUGUCGAGAAAAUGUCACUGGCACUGUGGCUGCUGUUGUUAUUUAUCAGCUGAGCAUCUGGUAUGCCAAGCUCCGUGCUGUAGAACCAACCCUUUGUCUCUUCAGAAACCAACAACCAAAAAAAAAUCAAAGGAAAAAGAAAAAGACUCGUACUGACAGCAGUUUUACGUUCAGUCUGCAAUUCAGCAUGAUUUCUCUUCUUCGUGUUAGUUUCCCUUACAAUUCUAGGCCAGUCAUUAAACCCCAGUCAACAAAAUAGGUAAAAAAAAGAUUAGUCUGAAAAAAAGAACCAGGACAGUAAGGGAAACUGUUCUAAAUGUCCUGCAUAAAACCUGUUAUUCCUUUGAGAAAUAAACGUGUUUGUUACUUUUGGGAGAAAAAAAAACAAAAAAGAUUUGAUCGGAAAUUCAAACAUUGUUAGAAUCUUAUCGUUUGUGUAAACGGCUACUGGCAUGUGAUAAUUUUUGUAUACGUCUAUCUUUAAAGGUGACAAACACCGUCUACGUUAUUUCACUGUGGCAUCACCAGCAAACUGUCUUCUUGUGUUUACUUCCCCUGUAAGCUUAUUUAGCUGGCCGGCAUUUGUGUGUUUAUUUGCCAUUUCCUAAUGUUGUUUUUAAGUAGAUCAUUGUCUGUUUUAUGGUGUUUUCAUUAUGAAUCAUAUUUGACGGUAUUUUUUAAAUAACCUUUUUAACAUACUUUCAUUUUAUUUUACCAUUCUCUCUCUGGAUGUUGACAAUUCCGAAUGUUAAUAAAUCUAAUGGGCUGUUGGGCACGGUAGAGCUGCGCAUAAAACGCUCUGCGUGGUUUAUCUUGAACCCUAUGAACGUUAAAUUGAUGGCUGGAUAUUUUCCGUCUUUGCCCGGUAUCAGCAGCAUUAUUAAAUUUACUGACCCACUUGCUGACUUGCCAUGUUGUUU